UGAAUUUAGAGGAUGCGAAGAGUCGGCCGGCGUUCGCUGGGACCUGAGGGGGAGGAGAGGGUGAGAGAAUAAAAGGGAGACGGACGAGAGGAAAAGAAGCCGAGUUUGAAAAACGAGAUGAGAGAGUUGGGCAGUCGAGAGGCGUCAGUCGCCCGUCAGCUGUGCAACUAUUGAUCAACGGCAGCCAGGUGGUCGUCUGACGGAGAAGAAAUGAUAGAGAAACCGAGAGGUGGUGGUGGGAUCUAAAAGAAGAGGAUCGCUCUGUUCUGCUUUUCUUGAUGCCAACCUGUGAAAUGAGGAGAGUGUGUUUGAGAGCACUCCAGCUGAGCGACACUCAUCACACGCCAGAUAAAAAAAAAAAACCCAUUCAGUUUGCAGAGUCUGUGCCACCGGCGAACGUCCACCGUCUACUUUGAGGAGCUGGCAGUAGUUGAGUUGUGAUUUACAGGCGGCGGCGGCGGCUUCACGUGGACCUGAGACGGCAUUCAAAGCAGCUUCCAAGCAUCUGAUGAGAAUACUGCGAAAGAGUGUCUGAGGACGUUUGCGUGGUUGAGAGUUUUCUAAGCAUUCCUUGAAAUCUGGAGAAAGAACAACCACAUCCUGGAAUAGUUUUUGCAUUUCUAAGGGAUUCAUAAAGAUCCCAAGGGAACUGGGAAGUCAUGAUGUGGAUACGGACAUGAGGAGGGAUGAGGUGCUGGUGGGUGCGAGGGCAAGAAUGGGCUGCCACUGCCCCGUGGCACCUCCGACUGCCUCCACCACCACCAACACCACCACCACCGCCACCACCGCCGCCUCCCCGUGAGCAUGCAGGUCCUACAGAUUGUCAAGGAGCUGGUGUCGCCGUCCAGACGCAGGGCAGCGGCCAGAUUUGGAGCGUCUGAUACCGAGCAGGAUGCUGCAGUGAAACUCGACCAGGAGCGGGCGGAGAUAGUCGCCAAAUAUGACAAGGGGAAAGAGGCCACCGUGGAGCCCUGGGAGGACACCAACUUCCACCUGUACAAAGUCAUCGACCGCUUCGGCUUCGUCCAUGAGAAUGAACUUCCAACCUACGACUCGGUGGAGGAGAAGCAAAAACACACGGAGGUGGAGAGGACCAACAAAUGGCUGAAGAUGCUGAAGAGCUGGGACAAAUACAAGAACAGCGAGAAGCUGGCCAGGAGGAUCUAUAAGGGAAUUCCCCUGCAGCUCAGAGGGGAGGUUUGGUGUCUGCUGCUCGACGUUCCCAAGAUAAAGGAGGAGAAGAAAGACUUCUACGAGAAGCUGAAGGCCAGAGCCAGAGGCGUCUCCCCGGACAUCAGGCAGAUCGACCUGGACGUCAACCGCACCUACAGAGACCACAUCAUGUUCAUGCAUCGCUACGAUGUCAAGCAGCAGGCGCUUUUCCACGUCCUCACGGCCUAUUCCAUGUACAACACGGAGGUGGGCUACUGUCAGGGCAUGAGUCAGAUCACAGCUCUGCUGCUCAUCUACAUGAACGAGGAAGACGCCUUCUGGGCUCUGGUCAAACUCCUGUCUGGACAAAAACACGCUAUGCACGGCUUCUUCGUCCCCGGUUUCCCGAAGCUGAUGCGUUUCCAGGAGCAUCACGACCGCAUCCUGAAGAAGAUGAUGCCCAAACUGAAGCAGCACCUGGACAACCAGGAAGUGUUCACCAGCCUCUACACCAUGAAGUGGUUCUUCCAGUGCUUCCUGGACAGAACUCCCUUCACCCUCACCCUGAGGAUCUGGGACAUCUACAUCUUGGAGGGUGAGCGGGUGCUGUCGGCCAUGUCCUACACCAUCCUCAAACUGCACAAGAAGCACCUGAUGAGACUGUCCAUGGAGGAGCUGGUGGAGUUCAUGCAGGUGACUCUGUCCAAAGACUUCUUCUACGAGGACGACUUUGUGAUCGAGCAGCUGCAGGCGGCCAUGACGGAGCUGAGGAGGGCGAAGCUGGAGCUGCCUGCACCAGGUAAAGACGAAGAGUUUCCCAAGAAACUUCUCGGGCAGCUUCCUCCUGAGCGCGCUGCAGCAGUGGUGACCAACCACGUGGGCAAUGGGCAAAGCCACGCGGAGCCGGCCGAGGCUCCCAGGAACCCGAGUCCGGCACCGGACCAGCAGAGGGAGAGUCGGCCUCCGAGCAGGUCACGCCGGGACUCGCUGGACAAACCAAUACGCCACCACAAGGGGAUCAAAAGGGGCCACAACCAGAGGUCUGACGAGAUCCCCAACGAGCAGCAGAAGCAGUUUACGUCCCCCACGCCUGAAAGGGGAGCUACUCCGUCCUUGGUCCACACGCCGCAGAGCGCCAUGGUGGACGGAGGGAAGCACCGGAGCCACGCCGCCGCCAACCACAACUCUAACGCCGCCUCCAGCUCCCACAGAGACAUCGCGCCCCGCUGGUUCAAACCCUCGGAGACGAAGCUGGAGGCCGCGAAGGCGGCAGCCGCCCGGGACGUCCACCUGAGCCGAGGGCCGUCGCCAGCCCCCUCCAGCCCGGACGACGUCAACCAGCAUCGGCCUCGCUCCAAGGGGUUCAUCCCCGGCGCCGACCGGGGCUCCAACGCCUCCCAGUACGACAACGUGCCGGGACUGCCGGAGCAGGACUUUGAGAUCCUGCAGCUUGAGAGACCUCCGUCCACGAUGAGGACGCCUCGCAGCGGGACGCCCGCGAGUGGAUCGGCCCUGCAUCAGGGCAGCCCCAACCGUGGACCCAGCCACGCCGGGAGCGUCGCUUCUGUGGCGUCCGGGCCGAGAAUGAACAAACAUCCUCCUCAGUUUAUCUACAACAAUCCAGCAGGGGUUCAGAGACAGUACCACACGCCCCCCCAGCAGCAAUCUCCGGGAAGAACCGAGGUUCCCAUCUUACACCCGGCCUACAGCGUGAGCUUGGACAGCAGAGGGGGCGAGGACAGACAUUUCUCACCUCCCUCCAGGAUGGCGUACGGGGAGCGAGCGUACGCCACCACCCAGCGGCAGCCCAGCAGCCUCUCCCCGGAGAAGGCGUUCAUGAAUAAUUCCUUCGCGACCUAUCGCCGGCAGCCGCCGACACCGAGCGCCACCCGCAACUUCCAAAGCAGCAGGCCUCCUCCUCCCCCGGAGCACUCCCAGGGUCGCUCCACCCCCAUCUACCUACAACAACUCACCUCCGCCGCACAGCGCUACACGCCCGAAGACUUCAGGUUCGAGGGGCAUUGGAGAGUCGAAGCGAACCCGCACUACCCGCCGCCGCCGGAAGGAGGAGUACCUCGGCGGGGCGUGGACAAACUCCAGUGGGAGCCGGAGCUGCCCCCGGUGUCGCCGGGCGGGAUGCCCCGCUCGCCCAGCUUCCAGCGAGCGCAAAUGUCCCCCGUCCAGCAGUUCACGUUCCCCGACAGCCCGGACUCCGUGCUCCACUAUCGGACGCAAUUCCAAGAGCAGCAGCAGCAGCCGCCGCCCGUCAUGAGGCAACAGCUCCCCCAGCUGUUCGGAGGACCACGCUACCGGCACGCACAGGAGGCGUUCGCCCUGCAGGAGUCCAUGCUGCUGUGACGGGGUUUUUAGAAAACUUGAGGGGGAUAAGUCACCGACACUGUGGUUAGGACAGGAAGUAGGUCCUAGCGUUUGUUAAUGUGUGAAGUACUGACCUUCUGACUGUCGCGCUGCAUCGUAACGUUGCAGGUCACACCAGCCUCCGAUGUUUUUACUGAUCACUGUAUAAAAAAAAAAAAACAAAACCGACUGAAGAUUUAAUUUUAUUUUUGGAUGUAAAUCAUUAACAAAAAGGUGACAGUAAAUAUAUAUAUCUUUCAGAGUCUGAUAUGUACAGUGGAUUUUUCUUGUUUUAUCAGUAGCAGGGGAGCAAAAAAAAACUCUUGAUUUAUUUUCCAUCUUUAUUUUUUUAUAUCGUACUUCUGAAUAUUUACAGUAGAGAUCACUUAACUCUAUAUGCCUGUGAAUGUUAUUUUCUAAGAGAAGAAAUUGAACUUUGUCCCCUGAUAGAAUUAAACCCCGGAAUGGAUUUCUACACCUCAGCCGUAGGACAAGCAGUUUUUUGUUGUUUAAAUUUUAUGUUUGUCCCGUUUCAAGAAUAAUGUUUAUUCCUGAUGAACGUAUGUGCAAUGGAUUUCUCUUUUGCAAGUGAAGUACAGUCACACAUAGAUGAGGCCAGUCUAGUUUUUUUUGGUUAAAUUUGGUUAAAUUCCAAAUAAAUUAGAAUCUCAAGGCUUAGAGAGCUAAUUUGUGAGGGCUAUUAAUAUAUUCUUUUGUGGUUUGAUGGCUUUAAGUCGUCCAAUUUGCUUUGUAACCAUAGAUAAUAUGUUUGUUUGUUUUUUUUAAAACUGCUGUAACAUCGUCACCACAUCUCAAGCACAUUCAGCCAGAGAUGGACGUGAACUAGUUUUGCUUUACUUCAUCAUCAUGUCUUAUUAUUCUCAACACUGUCAUAUCAACUACUGUUCAGCUGCUGGUAAACACAGUCAUCUGGCACAACACAAAAAAAAAAACAAAAACACACACUACAUUUCCACAUUUAACGCGUCACAUUCCUGGUUUUGAUGCAGUUACUCUCAAACAGUAUUGAAGUGCUGUUCAUUACAUUCCUUAAGUUAUCUUGUUUUUUUUUCGUUCAGCGACUAAUUGCAGAUCAUUCUGAUACUUUGCUUAAUAAAAAAAGAGGUUGGGGUGAAAACGAA